UUGCCAAAAAAUUGAAGAUUGUAUCUAACAGCUGAAAAUCAAGACAAAUUUGUAACAAAAGAAAAGACAUUUUCGAACAGUAAAGUGAUGUUGCUGAAACAAUGACAUAACCUCAACCGGUAAAAAGUUACGUCGUGCGUAUCAUAAAAAUUGGAAUUAUGGCGUAUAAUAGAGCCGAAAGAUUUCCAAAAUUGAUUACGCAGACUCCUGUACGUGUCGGUCCUGGUACUUACGAUGGAUCAUUUAUAUCAAAGCCACCACGAGAUUUAGACUGUCGAUAUCCUUUUUUAAAUGGCACACAAAGAGAGACUUUGACUAUAUCGAGAGACACAAUUCUUUUCCCAGGACCUGGUUCGUACGAUCCAAUUGAACCGCAACGGCACAUUCCAGAACGGAGGUGUCAGUAUCGAUUAUACCGAGGCCAGAUUAAAAAAGAAAAUUUACGAAGGACCAGGUCCAACAGAAUACGAUCUACCAGAUGAUCUAUUUAAAAAAACACGAAGAGAGAUUAGAUCUCAUCCUGGCACUUGGAAAGGAGCAGCUGGAAAAGUAAAAUGUUUUUAAUUCGUUCAUACUCGUCGUUUAUCACCGUCAUCUUCUUUUCAGCUAUGGUUAAUAAAACCACCACGUUCGAUCAUAACUCCUGGAAUAUCCGUACCUUCGAAACGUGACGUUUAUGGUUAUCAUAUUAACGAGCACGGAAUACUUGUGAAAAUUUCACCUAUCGAAGAUGAACCAGCUUUCAUAUAUGACAUACCAAGAGGAGAAGAAAAUUUUACUACUAUCAGAUAUAAAGGAAACUUUUGGAGUAGAAUGACUGGAAGGAAAGAGAAAAAAGUCUUCGUUACGCCAGGACCAGGGGACUAUGAGCACGAAACGAAAAAAUCUCCUACGCAAAUUUACGAUGAAAAGUUUAGGGAAAUAAAAAGGGCUACGUCAAGACAGCCGCGUUACCUCGAAGCGAUGUACCGUCAAAAAUUACGUGAAGGAUUUCCAGGUCCAAGUCAUUACGAUCCACCUAAAAGCACGUUUGAAAAGUAUAAGAAGAUCGAUUGUAAAUGCGAUAAGUAUACUUUGGAACCUCCACCUUUUUGUCAAACUGCAGAGAGAUUUGAUCAGGGAGAGUGUACCGAUACUCCUGGUCCAGGAACGUACGAAAUCAAGAAACCAAAAUGUUCUUUCACUCACGUAUGUCGAGCACCGUUUGGAAGUCUCGUUUCUCGAUUUAGAGAUGUUGAUGAUGAUACAUGUCCAGCACCGGAUAAAUAUGAUAUAGUAACAGGAAAUAUUUCUUACGAAUCUGCAAAACGUUUUAAAUAUAGUUACGAGAGAUCAAUACCACGUUCAACAUCGGAAAAGAUCGUUACUCCUUAUAGUAAGAGGAAAUUAAUCGAUAAGAUAGAAGAAGUAAAACAAGUUUCUGAGAAAAGUUACGUACAUCAUGCUGUUUUUAAAUCAAGAACGGACAGAUUUCGUAGAGUUCUUAAAGGGAUCGAUGCGCCGGAUCCUGGAGCUUACGAAGCUUUAACCUCCUUCAAGGCUAAUCGUGAUCGAUGCGACUUCCUCUGCCGACGUUUGGCUCCACCCUUCCUUUCGAGUGCCCGUCGUGUUCUCGAGAUUACCAAAGGAAUCGAUAUGACAGUACCAGCUUCGACACAUUAUACCAUCCUGUAUGACAUAUCAAAAGGAGUCAAGGGAGGCGUGAUAUCGUAUUCACGAUGUGAUAAGGAGAAGAAAACGAAGAUACCUGGUCCCCAGUACUAUUGUAUAAAUCCUUACAUCGGGUCGUCUGUAUUGAAGAAAUCUUUCAAUGUUACCUUGGGUAAAGAAAAAUUCAUCGGGGAGACGAAAAAAGUGAAAAGUCGAUUGUACCGUGGUCCCUCGAAAAAAACUCUUCGAUGGUUCGCUACAACGCACAAGGAUUAUCGACAUUGUCCUAUAACGUGUUUGACAGUAUCGCGAUAGUAAUUCGCAACUUUCUCUUUUUUCUUUUUUUCUUUCUUUUUUAUAAAAAUAUUAAAUCCAAAUCUGUCUUUUGAAAUAAAAGAAGUUCGGAAUAGAA